CAGCCGGCAGUUGGGCAGUGAGGAGUCGCACCGCUCCCUCCCACGCAGUGCCCUCAGGUGGGACCAGGAACUCCCUCGCCAUGUCCGCAGCGGAGGCGGGAGGUGUUUUCCACAGAGCCCGGGGCAGGACCCUGGACGCGUUUCCCGAAGAACAGGAAAAGGAAUGGAAAGGCCCAUUCUACUUCAUCCAGGGUGCAGACCCACAAUUUGGACUGAUGAAGGCCUGGACCACUGGGGACUGUGACAAUGGUGGAGAUGAGUGGGGGCAGGAGAUUCGUCUAACUGAGCAAGCCAUUCAGGCCAUCAACAAGCUGAACCCCAAGCCCAGAUUCUUUGUUCUGUGUGGGGACCUCAUCCAUGCCAUGCCAGGGAUGCCCUGGCGGAAGGAGCAGACGAAGGACCUGCAGCGGGUGCUCAGGACCGUGGACAGCGACAUCCCCCUGGUCCUGGUCAGCGGCAACCACGACGUGGGCAACAUCCCCACCGCCGAGACCAUCGCGGAGUUCCAGGAGACUUGGGGAGACGACUAUUUCAGCUUCUGGGUCGGGGGCGUCCUGUUCCUCGUCCUCAACUCCCAGUUUCUGUACGACGCCUCCAGGUGCCCUGCCCUGAAGCAGGCCCAGGACCAGUGGCUGGACCAGCAGCUGAGCGUGGCAGAGCAGCAGAAGUGCCAGCACGCCAUCGUCUUCCAGCACAUCCCCCUCUUCAUCCAAAGCAUCGACGAGGAGGAUGACUACUUCAACCUCACCAAGUCCAUGCGGAAGGAGAUGGCAGACAAGUUCAUCAAAGCAGGUAUCAAAGCUGUGUUCUCGGGCCACUACCACAGGAAUGCUGGGGGUACCUACCGGAACCUUGACGUCGUGGUAUCAUCUGCCAUCGGAUGCCAGCUGGGCAAAGAUACCCACGGGGUCCGAGUCGUGGUGGUCACCGCUGAGAAGAUCGUUCAUCGGUACUACAGUUUGGACGAGCUGAGUGAGAGGGGAAUAGAAGGUGACCUGAUGGACUUAAUGAAGGAAAAAUGAUUGCCGUUAUGACCCAGUCGCUUCCACUUCCACUGUCUUUUAAUUUUGCCAGAAACAGCAGCUUCUGAAUAAAGAAGUAUCCAGGCAGAUUUGUGAAUUUAUGUCCUUUGCGUAAAUCAGAGAGCCGGGUCCUAUUCUGAAUUACUUUUGAAGUAGAACCGCCUUCCCUUUAAGAAAGAGAAGGGGCUGGAGAAGGGCUGGAGCCUGGGAAUAGGAGAAUAAAUGAUGCUGGAAUUUCUCUG